ACACCUCCCCGCAUGGGCACUCUCGGUGCCGGACCGAUAGAGACAAGCGGGUAGCAGCUAAGUUGCUAGAUUCCGGAAGGAACACAGUACGUUGACCCAGUUUUUAGCGACGCACUUUCUCUUUAAGACCAAGCUCUGAGGUGAAGACAGACUGAUUCCGAAGCGACUGUGUUCCUCUCAACAGCAUUAUGGCGAAGAACUGUGAGCUGGAGGUGAAGCUUAACCUGCCCAAUCAGGUCAGCUCCUCGGCACAAGCAGUGCCCAAAAUCCAUGAGAGGGCUCAGUGGGGCAGUAAAGUAGACUUCCUCUUGGCUGUGGCAGGACAGAUUAUUGGCUUGGGAAACGUGUGGAGAUUCCCAUACCUGUGUUACAAAAAUGGAGGGGGUGAUUUCAUUCGCUUGGAAGUAACUCGUGUUGGAUUCACUCAUUCCCCCAGAGUCCUUUGCUUUGAUUCCAGAGUAUUCCUCGUCCCCUAUGUCCUGUUCCUUUUUACCUGUGGGAUUCCCCUCUUCCUCCUGGAGACUUCGCUGGGACAGUACACUAGCCAGGGGAGCAUCACCUGCUGGAGGAAGAUCUGCCCCAUCUUUGGAGGACUGGGCUUCGGGAGUCAAGUGGUGGUUCUAUACUCCAGCAUCUAUUACAUCAUCAUUCUGGCCUGGGCAUUCUUCUACCUGUUCUCAUCAUUCAGCACGGAGCUUCCUUGGGCCAGCUGCGGAAACACCUGGAACACAGAAUCCUGUGUUGAAUUUAACCAGAAGAACCUCUCUGUCAACUGGACACUUUCAGCUAACACAACUUCACCAUUGAAGGAAUUCUGGGAGAGACAAGUGCUGAAUAUCACAGGAAAUGUGGAGGAGCUGGGAAGUGUACGAUGGGAGCUUGCCCUGUGCCUCCUGCUGUCCUGGAUCAUCUGCUUCUUCUGCGUGUGGAAAGGAGUGAAGUCCACAGGAAAGGUGGUGUACUUCACUGCUACUUUCCCCUACGCGAUGUUGGUGGUGCUGCUGAUCCGGGGGCUUACCUUGCCUGGAGCCAUAGACGGCAUCAUCUUUUACCUGUACCCAGACCCAACCCGGCUCACUGACCCCCAGGUGUGGAUGGAUGCUGGGACACAGAUAUUUUACUCCUAUGCCAUUUGCAUUGGGUGUCUGGUAGCUCUGGGCAGUUACAACAAGUACAACAACGACUGCUACAAAGACUGUGUGUAUCUCUGCUUGCUGAACAGUGCAACCAGCUUUGUGGCUGGCUUUGCCAUCUUCUCCGUGCUGGGCUUCAUGGCCAAACAACAAGGAGUGGACAUCUCUGGGGUGGCUGAGUCAGGGCCCGGCUUGGCCUUCAUCGCGUACCCUCAGGCCGUGGCCAUGAUGCCCCUCCCCCAGCUGUGGGCCGUCUGCUUCUUCGUUAUGGUCAUCCUGUUGGGGCUCGACAGUCAGUUUGUAGGUUUAGAAGCUCUCGUGACAUCCAUCUCAGACAUGUACCCCGCCUUCUUUCAAAUCGGACACCGGCGAAAAUUCCUGCUCCUGUUAAUCUGUGUGGUCUGCUUCUUAAUUGGCCUGUUGAUGGUCACAGAGGGUGGUCUGUACAUAUUUCAGCUGUUUGAUUACUAUGCCUGCAGCGGAAUGACACUUCUUACUUUUGCCAUUGUUCAAUCUAUCGCCGUGGGUUGGAUUUACGGUGCGGAUCACCUCUACGAUAACCUUGAAGACAUGAUUGGCUAUAGGCCAUUGCCUCUGAUAAAGUACUGUUGGCGUUAUGUAACACCAGUUGUCUGCACUGCUACCUUAAUCUUCUCCUUGGUUAAGUACAAUCCCCUCAAGUUUAACAACACGCAGGAGUACCCCUGGUGGGGCUAUGCCAUCGGCUGGUUCUUCACCCUCUCCUCUACAUCCCUGGUGCCCCUAUACAUGCUGUAUGCUGUCAUUGUCACCCCUGGAUCAAUGCGACAGAGACUACGCUGGCUCUGCACCCCUGCUGCUAACCUCCCGGGUUCGAAGGCGAAGAAGGGCCCCCACAGAACCCCGUUUGAGCCUGAAAAACUCCCCAUCCAGAGCAUGGCCCACAACGAGGUUGCAUUGGACAGCAACACUGGGCCUCUGUAGAGCCCCCUCCCUCAUGCCUCCCCCCACCCCCACCCUGCCCCGCUCUCUUCUCACCAUAUACUCCAAGUCUUCCAACAACAAGCCUGCUAACCGGCUCAGGAGCCCUGCCGUUGUGUACAGGAGGUGGGAUGUGAGGACACGGCUUUACACAGACUGGAUCCAUGGGCAAGGGGCAGUGCCAAGCGCCUGUCACACCAGCAGUGCUACACUAAGAACCACACAGUGCUACACUAAGUACCACACAGUGCUACAAUUACGAACAACUGGAGAUCUUCAGUUACCUGUUUUUUUGUUUUGUUUUUUUGUAACAGACUUCAGGUGUGACUUGCUGAAUGGGCCCUAUCAAGUCAGUCCAUCAGAACUUUGUCAGCUGGUCCAGAAAUGUGACCUCGAACCCCUCGAACCCCUCUGGACCGCCAGCGCUAAGCCUGCGCCCCGCGGGUUUGCAGGCCGGUUGCCCUCGGCUGCGUCUCAAACGGCUAAAAUGCAGGCAGUGCUCUACGGCAGGAAGGCGUUCAGACAGAUCCUGAAGGCAGCUUCGGUGCAUCCUUCACCGGGCCAGGGAAGCAUAUCCCAGAGGUCUUCGCGAUUAACGCAGGCUUCUUAAUGGCGGCUGAAAACAGCGGCAGAGCUCGUUUACAAGUGUGCAGAGUGUGAGUGUGCAGAGUGUGAGUGUGCUGAGUGUGAGUGUGCAGAGUGUGAGUGUGCAGAGUGUGAGUG